AUGUUUCAAAGAUCUCUCCGUUCAACUCUGCGACGAGCGUACAAUGUCCUGGCCAUUGAGACCUCCUGUGACGAUACUUGUGUAUCCCUCAUAGAAAGGACGCUACAACACGCACAAAUCAUUGCCAAUUUUAAGUCGACCCUGAAUAGUGUCUCCGAGGGGGGGAUCAUCCCGACGAAAGCACAAGAACAUCAUCAAUUGAUGCUUUCUCAGCUCGUAAAGAAGGCCCUGGGAUGUGCUAGUGAUAGAACUAUUGACUUGGUGUGUGCUACGCGAGGACCCGGAAUGGUCGGGUCUCUGUCUACGGGACUUAGUGUCGCCAAGGGACUAGCAUUGGCUUGGAAUGUGCCCCUGGUUGGUGUCCAUCAUAUGCUGGGCCAUCUUCUGGUACCAAGAAUGUUUGACGAAGGGUUGCAGUUUCCCUUCGUGACUCUAUUGGUUAGUGGUGGGCAUACUUGUCUGGUACUUUCGGAAGGUUUGUUCCAUCAUGAAAUAUUAUGCGAUACCAUGGAUAUUGCUAUCGGUGAUUCAUUGGACAAAUGUGGGAGAGAGAUUGGUAUCCAAGGUAAUAUGAUUGGGAGGGAGAUGGAGAAACUGGUUGCUGGUAUGGAUGAUCUUGAUAACGCUAGUUAUAGGAUGGUAUUACCGAAUCCCCUCAUCAAGAAAAACAUUAUGGGAUUUUCAUUUGCACCUUUCAUUACUGCAGUGAAGAAACAUUUAGAAACUCAAAAUAUAACUGAUGCAAAUACGCAGAUGAUGAGAAACAUGGCUUUCCAAAUACAAGAAUCCAUAUUUGAUCAUCUUGUGAAUAGAUUACAAAACGCCAUAAAAAAGGAUCCCAAUAAAUUUUCUAACGUUAAAAGUUUUGUUUGUUCUGGUGGUGUUAGUGCAAAUUAUACAUUGAGAUCCAAAUUAGAAGCGAAUUUGAGAAGUAAUUUUAAUCGGUUUUACUACCCACCUUUAGAGUUUUGCACUGACAAUUCAGUCAUGAUUGGAUGGGCGGGCAUUGAAUUAUUUGAAAGUAAAUUAUUCGGGCAUUUGCAUAGUGAUCUUAAUAUCUUGCCUAUUCGUAAAUGGUCACUCACUGAAAUAAUGAACAAGCCAGGAUGGGUGUGGGACGGGAGGAUGGAUUAA